GCAUUCCUAGGGAUUUUUUUUUAUGUCACCAAAGGGUUGUUUUCUUGGAACUUGGGAGAGUGAAUGAAUUGCAUUCUUUGUGUUCUGACGAAUGAGACGUAUCAAAUUGAACUCAGUAACCUCUGCCAACAUACGAAAACGAAAGGCUUUGGUAGUUUUUCAUCCCUCGGUCGUUACAUAAUUUUAACGUAACCCGUGGAACUUGCUUGAGAAACAUGGCGUUAAUUUCAUUGAGUUCUAAGUGUUUUAACGCCGUGGAAACAGCUCUGGAGGCUGUGAAAAGCGGCGAUGCUAAACGCUCGGCGGUCGUUCUGCGGUCCGUUCAGAAAGAUGGGCAAAUGUUGAAGCAGAAGGCUGCAAUCCUUAUUGAUAAGCUGAGCAAGGCAGAGGAAGAUCAUAAGCGUAAGGUUGAGAACCUCACUCGGCAAAUGAACGACCUUUUCGCUGAAGAGACGCAGCUUUCAAACAAAAAGCAAACAUUGCAAAGUAAGAAUUCCUCUUUGACCGACGAGAGGCAACGAUACCAACGAAGCAAGGAAGAGGCCUCAAGCAGGUACCGAGAGGCGGAGAGGGCGAAGCGAGAUGCAGAAAGGGAAUAUGAGAAAAUGAAGCCUUUCUUCUGGAUACCCAUUGUUGGUUUGCUCCUUGCUAUACUUGAGGACAGCUCAAAAAAGGCGUCUGACGCUUACAGAGAAAUGCAGCGCCACGAAAGGGAUGUCGAUAAAGCAGAAAGUGAUCUCAGAUGGGUUAACUCUCGGAUCUCUGAGGUAGAGAGAGACCUAAAAGAGAUUUCCCGAAAAGUAGAUAGACUGAGGCGCGAACGAGAAGCUUGCCAUGAGAAGCUCAGUGAUAUAAAGAACAUGGUUUCAUUUAUCAUGCAAGCUGUUGCAUUCUGGGAUGAAGUAGUCUCGGUGACGGAGACAGCCACAGUGAAAACUGAAAACCUCCAAAGGAUAGUGAAUCUGGCUGGCAAGAAAACCGACCCUGUAAGGAUCCUGAAGAGUUCCGGUACCCGCACUAUGAUGGCGUCUUUUAAAGAUCGUUGGAUGGAAGUGGCAGAGAUGAUCAGUUCUGAUCGAAACAAUGUGAUUUUUGACAAGAUAAAAAAAUAUCAUUUUAAGGAAACACUGUGUCUUAUGUAAUCCUCUUGCUUUUGUGAGACGUCUGCCAUGCAGUUUACUCUCUCAAGAACGCGCAUGCAAGAAGACGCUUUGAUGAUAGAGAAACAAAAGUCAGUGGAGGGAUCUUCUGCCACCUUAGAAUGUUUUGGUACUAACAUAUAAUGCGAAAUUGAAUACAAGUACAAUUUUGCUGUUUUGCCAGUAGUGUCAUAACCGCCCUAUAGAUAAUUAGGAAUUUUGUUUUCAGUUAUAAUUCCCAAAUUUUUGACAAAAAAAAAGAGAUGUGUAUAUGGAAAGCUCAAUAAACACCUGGUAGCUAAUCCUCA